UUUUUUUUUUCCCCUCCUCCCUCCUCCCUUCCUAGGAGCGGUGUGAAAGGGGGUAUUUUCUUCAGGGUAUAAACCUGAGAAUACAGAAGAAGAGAGGCUAAGAGCUUUACCUCAUUGCCUCAUUCUCCUUUUCAUGUGAACAUCCUGCACCAUUUACUUCGCCCUGCCGUACCUUUCACCUGGCCAGCGCUGCCCAGAUCAUGUCCGCUAAGCUCCUGCCGGUUUUCUUCCUUCUCUCAGUGUUUCACGCCUGUUCUAGGAAGGUUGAAGAAGAUGAAUAUGAAGAUGGAACACCUAACCAAAAAUGGGUUUUAGCUCCAAAAACACAAGACACAGAUGUGACUCUCAUACUAAACAAGCUGCUGAGAGAGUAUGACAAAAAGCUACGUCCAGAUAUUGGAAUAAAACCGACAGUUAUUGACGUUGACAUUUAUGUCAACAGCAUUGGUCCUGUAUCAUCAAUAAAUAUGGAAUAUCAAAUUGAUAUAUUUUUUGCCCAGACAUGGACAGAUAGCCGUCUUCGCUUCAACAGCACCAUGAAAAUACUGACUCUGAACAGCAACAUGGUUGGCUUGAUCUGGAUCCCAGACACAAUAUUUCGUAACUCGAAGACUGCGGAGGCUCACUGGAUCACCACCCCCAACCAGCUCCUCCGCAUAUGGAAUGAUGGCAAGAUCUUGUACACCCUUAGGCUUACCAUUAAUGCUGAGUGCCAGCUUCAGCUGCACAAUUUCCCAAUGGAUGAACACUCAUGUCCUUUGAUAUUCUCUAGCUGUGAUUAUGUAGUCAUGACUAUAUACUUCGACUUAAGUAGAAGAAUGGGAUACUUCACUAUUCAAACAUACAUUCCCUGUAUAUUAACAGUUGUUCUUUCCUGGGUAUCCUUUUGGAUUAAAAAAGAUGCCACACCAGCAAGAACAGCAUUAGGCAUCACCACAGUACUGACCAUGACAACUCUGAGUACCAUUGCGAGGAAGUCAUUACCCCGUGUCUCCUAUGUCACUGCUAUGGAUUUGUUUGUCACUGUAUGCUUUCUAUUUGUCUUUGCUGCUCUGAUGGAGUAUGCAACCCUUAACUACUACUCAAGCUGCAGAAAACCAAACUGUACUAAGAAGAAAAAGUCGCUACCUGAUGUCAGUUUUGGUCACGUGAUGAAUUAUUCUGUACUUGACAUGAGGCCACCAACUACAGUCAUCACAUUGAACAAUGCCAUGUAUUGGCAAGAAUUCGAAGAUGCAUGCGUCUAUGAGUGUCUGGAUGGUAAAGACUGCCAGAGCUUUUUCUGUUGCUAUGAAGAGUGUAAAUCAGGCUCAUGGAGGAGAGGAAGGAUUCACAUAGACAUCUUAGAACUGGACUCUUACUCUAGGGUCUUUUUCCCUACAUCCUUCCUGCUGUUUAACCUGGUCUACUGGGUCGGAUACCUCUAUCUUUAAGUGUUGCCUGUAGUGAUGAAGACUGCUGGGUUUUCACAUUGAUGAGGACUGGUCAAAGUGCAGAAAAAGUGAAGGACAUGCUCAGUUUCAUCUCAAAUUAUAAAGGCCACAUGAAACUUCACCAUCACAGAGCCUAACGAAGAAUUCAGUGUGUAAAUUGCCUGAAAAAGAAAAACGUGGAAGAAUUCUCUCCUUACCGUUAUUCAGUUAAAAGAUUCUUACAAAAUUCAGCUGAAUCUGUAGUGUAAGCAAUGUUUAUGAAUAAUUAUUGUAUAUUAGAAUCUCUACUACUCUCCCUUGGCAUAGAAGCUAUACACAAUUCAGGCAAAGGUUAAAUAUGUCAUUUUUUGAUUUUUCAUUCCCAUGCUUUCUUCAAAAUGCUGCCACAUCCCUGAGGCUCAGAGCAGCAUACACUGGCACUGGUAAAUAAGUCAAAGCCAAUGAAACCACCCAUUUGUAUUUAAAAUUAUUUGAGCUAUGUCCCAUAUGUUUUGAUAAAUCUUUCACUGUUGAUCUCUUUUUUACAGAAGAACCACUAAAGGACAGUAAAAGUGUCUCUGGUGGGAUCAAAGCAUGGAUGCUACUUUCUGUAAAGGUUUGAGAGUCAUAGAAUUAGACACACAGUUACAGAUAUUGGUUUCAAUUUCAGGUGAAAAGGCAGAAUUACAAGAAAGCUAUUUAUUUUGAUAUAAAUAAAAGACUUGCCUAUCCCGGAGGCAGCUGUAGGCAUAA